AUGCCUGCCAUCGGCAGUGACAUGCAGGGAACAGGGGAGUGCCCGGACUCCCACCAGGUGCGGCAGAAACCCGCCGCCUCCAAGCCACCUGCGCCCGCGCCACCCAGUCCCUGCCGGUCUGCACUGCUCCACGGUGCCCCGGGCUGUUGGGAAAGACGCGCCCACCCCCGACGGCCACGCGUCCACCCCCGACGGCCACGCGCCCACUCCCGACCCCCGACGGCCACGCGCCCACUCCCGACCCCCGACGGCCACGCGCCCACCCCCGACGGCCACGCGUCCACCCCCGACGGCCACGCGCCUACUCCUGACCCCGACGGCCACGCGCCUACUCCCGACCCCCGACGGCCACGCGUCCACCCCCGACGGCCACGCGCCCACUCCCGACCCCCGACGGCCACGCGCCCACUCCCGACCCCCGACGGCCACGCGCCCACUCCCGACCCCCGACGGCCACGCGCCCACUCCCGACCCCCGACGGCCACGCGCCCACUCCCGACGGCCACGCGUCCACUCCCGACCGCCACGCGUCCACUCCCGACCCCCGACGGCCACUCCAGACCGCCACGCGCCCACUCCCGACGGCCACGCGCCCACUCCCGACCCCCACGCGCCCACCCCCGACCGCCACGCGCCCACUCCCGACCCCCACGCGCCCACCCCCGACCGCCACGCGCCCACUCCCGACCCCCGACGGCCACUCCAGACCGCCACGCGCCCACUCCCGACAGCCACGCGCCCACUCCCGACCGCCACGCGCCCACUCCCGACCCCCGACGGCCACUCCAGACCGCCACGCGCCCACUCCCGACAGCCACGCGUCCACUCCCGACCGCCACGCGUCCACUCCCGACCGCCACGCGUCCACCCCCGACGGCCACGCGUCCACCCCCGACAGCCACGCGCCCACCCCCGACGGCCACGCGCCCACUCCCGACCCCCGACGGCCACUCCAGACCGCCACGCGCCCACUCCCGACAGCCACGCGCCCACUCCCGACCGCCACGCGCCCACUCCCGACCGCCACGCGUCCACUCCCGACCGCCACGCGUCCACUCCCGACCGCCACGCGUCCACCCCCGACGGCCACGCGCCCACUCCCGACAGCCACGCACCCACUCCCGACCCCCGACGGCCACUCCAGACCGCCACGCGCCCACUCCCGACAGCCACGCGUCCACUCCCGACCGCCACGCGUCCACUCCCGACCGCCACGCGUCCACCCCCGACGGCCACGCGUCCACCCCCGACAGCCACGCGCCCACUCCCGACGGCCACGCGCCCACUCCCGACAGCCACGCGCCCACUCCCGACCGCCACGCGCCCACUCCCGACCGCCACGCGCCCACUCCCGACCCCCGACGGCCACGCGCCCCCUCCCGACCCCCGACGGCCACGCGCCCACUCCCGACGGCCACGCGCCCACUCCCGACCGCCACGCGCCCACUCCCGACCGCCACGCGUCCACUCCCGACCGCCACGCACCCACUCCCGACCCCCGACGGCCACUCCAGACCGCCACGCGCCCACUCCCGACAGCCACGCGUCCACUCCCGACCGCCACGCGUCCACUCCCGACCGCCACGCGUCCACCCCCGACGGCCACGCGUCCACCCCCGACAGCCACGCGCCCACUCCCGACGGCCACGCGCCCACUCCCGACCCCCGACGGCCACUCCAGACCGCCACGCGCCCACUCCCGACAGCCACGCGCCCACUCCCGACCGCCACGCGUCCACUCCCGACCGCCACGCGCCCACUCCCGACCGCCACGCGUCCACUCCCGACCGCCACGCGUCCACCCCCGACGGCCACGCGCCCACUCCCGACAGCCACGCGCCCACUCCCGACCGCCACGCGCCCACUCCCGACCGCCACGCGCCCACUCCCGACCCCCGACGGCCACGCGCCCCCUCCCGACCCCCGACGGCCACGCGCCCACUCCCGACGGCCACGCGCCCACUCCCGACCGCCACGCGCCCACUCCCGACCGCCACGCGCCCACUCCCGACCCCCGACGGCCACGCGCCCACUCCCGACGGCCACGCGCCCACUCCCGACCCCCGACGGCCACGCGUCCACUCCCGACGGCCACGCGCCCACUCCCGACCCCCGACGGCCACACGCCCACUCCCGACGGCCACGCGCCUACUCCCGACCCCCGACGGCCACGCGCCCACUCCCGACGGCCACGCGCCUACUCCCGACCCCCGACGGCCACGCGCCCACUCCCGACGGCCACGCGCCCACUCCCGACCCCCGACGGCCACGCGCCCACUCCCGACCCCCGACGGCCACGCGCCUACUCCCGACCCCCGACGGCCACGCGCCCACUCCCGACGGCCACGCGCCCACUCCCGACCCCCGACGGCCACGCGCCCACUCCCGACAGCCACGCGUCCACUCCCGACGGCCACAGCUGCCUCUCCGCCCGCAGGGCUGUGGCAUUUCUCUACUCAAUCGCACAAGAGCAGAGAUGAAGGCCUAGUGAACACCCCUUCUCUGCCCCCCAGAAGGGUCCCCUAA